AUUUCAAACAUUUGCUUUUAAAUAAUGUUUACAUGGUAUUGUUCUCCUUUACACAUGAUAUCGUGCUCACGGCCGUCCACUUGACGCACUCAGGGAGAGGUAGGCCACCCGGACUGGACUCGCCGGAACACCCCUUCUUGCCUCCACCCAUCGGGCCAGCCUACAUUGGAGCGGAUCAUGUGAUGCUGGGGGGGUUAAGUCAUUUGCAAGUACAACACAACCCCGUGCAGAGCUCCCCAUUCAUUUCCUGAGAGCUGCCUGCCUGCCUGCGCGCAGCAGCUGAGAGGCAGAAGGGGAGGGCGCUACACUCACACACACACACGCACACAUUCACACACACACGCACACAUACACUCGGUCGCGUCCAUACUCACAGAUAGGAGAGGGGGAAAGGAGACCGUGGAAAGGCAACAGUCUCCACGGCUCUGCAGCUUCUGACAAGGCCGCUGAAGAGACAGGAUGUUAAUGCUUGACGGAAUGCCUGCAGUCCGAGUCAAAGCCGAGCCCCUGGAAUCGGAACAAGGGUCACCCAAAGUGCGUCCUUAUUCCGCUAUGGAUGGUGUGCCCUUCUUCCUCAGUAGAGUUAAAGCGGAACCCCCGGAAGACCUCCUCGCUCACGACCUGCACUUCCACACACAGACAGAACCGGUGGACCUGUCAAUCAACAAGCCCCGCCCUUCUUCUUCCUCCCACAUCAUAUCGUCCUCGCCGAGGAGAUCCGCCUUUUCACCGUCCUCUCUAUCAUCCUCUUCUUCUUCCUCGUCACCGUCGGUCAUCACCUCCGCCUCCUCAUUGCUCUCGCCGGGCCCUCUUGUGGCGCCCGGUGGCGGGAUGAGAGGUCAGCCAUAUUUGCACAUCCUGCACUCUGUGCCGCCGCCUCCGUCCAGCCCACUGGGCCUGCAGGGCGUGGGCAAGCUGGGCAGCCACGUGCACCGCAUCCCAGUGGUGGUGCAGUCGCUGCCCCUCAUGUACACCACGGCCGUGAGAUCGCCCUCCAGCCUCAACAACGCCAUCAUGCUACCUCUGCUUGACGACACCAAGAACCAGGGCAAAGCGCACACAGACCCCAACGGCCUGUCGCCACGGCAGAUAAAAAGCGACAGCGAUGACGACGACCUGCCGAAUGUGACGUUGGACAGCGUCAACGAGACCGGCUCCACUGCACUGUCUAUAGCCCGUGCCGUACAAGAUUCCAUGUCACCAUUCAGUAUUGACAGCAUACGGCGCCCGCGGAGGUCAGAGUCGCCUGAUUCGAAAAAGAGGCGAAUCCACAGAUGCGACUUUGAGGGCUGCAAUAAGGUUUACACCAAAAGCUCCCAUUUAAAAGCACAUCGGAGGACACACACAGGAGAAAAGCCUUACAAAUGUACCUGGGACGGCUGCACGUGGAAGUUCGCCCGCUCUGACGAGCUGACCAGGCAUUAUCGGAAGCACACAGGGGUUAAACCCUUCAAAUGCGCGGACUGUGACCGCAGCUUCUCCAGGUCGGACCACUUAGCUCUGCACCGACGCCGACACAUGCUAGUGUGAGCCCAGAUAGAGCUGGAACGUGGAACAACGAGGCUGCCGAGGGAGCAGGAUCUCCCUGGAAUGUUUUUCAGCUGGCCUGGAUGCAACACAUCCAACACACAUCCAUCGGAAGAGGAGCGAGAGGGAGCACAAAACAGGGUCAAAUUGGACUUGGAAGGAACAUCAGGAUCUUUUAUUGUUAUUAAACAGCACUGUUUGUAAAUUUUUCUCUUGAGAUUUUUAACAUUUUUCCGCUGCUUUUACAGCAUUCAUAAUGUGAAAGACCCCAGUUUGUUCUCAAUGCUGACGCUUUUUCCAGCAGAUUGGAUGCUGCGCUAUGCUUUUGCCAGCAGAGGGUGACAUUUGAUUACAGAAGAAGCCAAAAGAGGGCUGUUGAAGAACCCCCAACCAUCACCACCACCAUCAUCCUCCCACAUUGGAAACAAUCAUAAAGUUCAUUCUCAUUGCAUGACCAGCAAAAAGCCAUCAGUGAGCCCACUUACAGUAAUGUGGGUUCACUCUGAUUUUUUUUUUUUUCAAAGAUGGAGCCUCUUCAAAUAAUCUUUUUGUGCUGUGAAUAGCAAUCAGAUCCGUAAAAAAAAAACAAGUGCAAUCUCAAAAGGUCACGCUUUUUUUGUCGCUUUGUCUUUAAAAUACUUGUCCUCUUGUACAGAGAACUUUGAAAACAAUCCAGAGGAGAUUUACCACCACAGAGGCACCUUAUCGAGGACUCUUGGUUUUUUUCUUCUUCUGGUUUUGGAUUUUUUGUGGGUAUUUUUUUUGUUUGUUUUUGCACAGCAGCACUUGACUUUAAGCUGGCUGAAGUGUUACAAAGAUGGCGGCACACACGUGAAUACAGAACAGCAAUACAUUCUGAACACGAGAAGGAACGCCAAGCUCCACCUCUUUGUUCGGUUUUUUGAUGUCAAGAUUUUUCUCUGUCUUUUUGCUAGUUUGCUGCCUCUAAUUUCAUUAGCAUCAAUACAUUUUGUCAAGUACGGAUUAUAGCGGAAUUUUGUUGUCGUUUUGUAUGUUUUUGCAGAUGAAAGCAGGAGUUGGGCAACCUGUGACGGUAUUUGACCUGGUGGCCCGUCGUGCAAAUGCUAAAAACAAACAAAACCUCAGAAGAAUUGUUACCAAAAGUCACCCAAAAAAAGCAUUUAACUCACGAAUGUGCAAGUCAAAACGUUUGGAGACACCGACUCGUUCCAUUGCAUGAGGAAGUGUCCAAACAUUUGACUGCCGCUGUAAAAAACAAUACACAUUUGAUCAAUUACAGUGGAACCUUUUAAAGCCAAACAUCAUUUAAAAAAAAAAAAACAUUCUCCCUAUAGGAAAUAAUAGGAAUUAAUUUAGUCUGUUCCAGUGUCAAACUGGCCGUAUCGUAAACAGAUGUCCAACAGAUGUCAUGCUUUGCUACCUAUGCAGGCUUCAUGGCGGGAGAGUGGGUAGCACGCAGGCCUCACAGCUAGGAGACCCACAGUUUGAUUCCACUCUCUCUAUGUGGAGUUUGCAUGUUCUCCCCGUGCAUGCGUGGGUUUUCUCCGGGUACUCCGGUUUCCUCCCACAUUCCAAAAACAUGCUUGGUUAAUUGGUUAAUUCUAAAUUGUCCAUAGGUAUGAAUGUGAGUGUGAAUGGUUGUUUGUCUAUAUGUGCCCUGUGAUUGGCUGGCAACCAGUUCAGGUUGUACCCCGCCUCUCGCCUGAAAACAGCUGGGAUAGGCUCCAGCAUGCCCAUGACCCUUGUGUGGAUAAGCGAUAGUAAGUAAAAUGAAAAAAAUGAAAGUUUUUUGUAAUUUUCAUCUUUAAGUGAGAUUUUGCGUACACAUUUUCUGCAGUUUUUUUAUUCUCAAAAAAGUUGGGAAUGAGUGGGCCAAUGAGCCAACAACAGCCAAAGAAAAAGCAAAACGUGCAAAGCUAAUACCCUUUGACUUUUAAUGAAAUGUCUCAUGUGACUUUUUGAAUGACUUUUUAGCCAUACUUUUAUAAACUAUUUACAAAACUGUACAACCUUCAAUUAUUGAAGUUCCACUGUAAUUGAUCUGGUAUACCCAUAUAGUAUUUUUACAUCCAUACACACAUCACCAAACCAUAAUCGGAACUACCAUAUACUCUAUACAUUCUUUUUCCAGCUUGCAGGUUUGACUAUGAAAGCAGUCCAUAUUAUUUGAUAGCAUUGCUAAAUGCAUUUAUUGGACUGAAGCCAGUAAAAGGAAACGGUGACCUUUUUUUUUAAUAGCACCUUGAAACGCUACAUGCCCAUAAAACGUUAUAAUAAACACCCACCCCCGUAUACAUACUCACAGUCCAGGAGGUAAAUCCACCAAUUCAUGCCAUAUGUAAAAUGUAUGUUAUUCUUAUUUAUGUACUGUAUAUAAUUUGUGCACAUAUCAUUAUGGGCCGGUUGUAUUAUCAGUUUUAGCAACAGCACCUUGUUCUUAUUUAGUAUGAUUUUGUUUGUCAGAUAAUUUUAUUGAAGAUGUCAAUUUAUAAAACAAAUAAUCAUCAUCAUAUUUUAUGAUCCGUAUAGUAUAUAAAUAUAUAUAUAUAACAUUUUAUGAUUGAAGGGCACUUGCUUAUAUAACUUUUCUGUUUCUGUAAAAAAAAAAGCAACAAAAUUAAUUUGAAAUGUUGUAAUAUAUGUGAUGAAGUUUUAAAGACAAGGUUGUUUAUAUGUUGGAUAAAGAGGGCUUUUUUGAUUAUAGGAGCAGGAAAUAUGUUUAUACAGAAGUAGUCUUUUUUUUAAAGACUGGGAUUUAGAUACUUUCGUACACAGUACAGUGAAACAGGGCUAAAUGGUCUUCAUGCUUUUCAUUUCUUUUCUAAACGUUAAUAUUUGGAUUUCAACCUGUUCCACACCAUUGCAUUUUUGCAAAACACAAAAAAAAAAGUUCCAAAGUUAACUUUUUUGUUUCAUAUUUUUGUUAACCUGUAUGCACAAAAUUAACAACGUUAACAUAUCGUAAUUUGUAUGUUUAUUAGAUAAGCACAAACAUAUCUAAUGGUCAGAAAAAUCAUCACGUUUUACAAUUUUACCCUUGGGAAUUAUUCCAAAUGGUUACAUUUUUAGUAUUCCCUUGAAAUCCUUGUCAAAUUAUAAAUAUAUUCUCAUAAAAAUUGUAAUAUUUUUCUUGGGAAAAAAAAUGCAUCUUUAAAAAAUAAUGACUUGCUCUUGUAAACUUUUCCCCUAAAAAAAUAUACUGCAGUUUUUCCUCGUAAUAUAAUUUCUUUUUUUUUUCUUUAUAAAAUUUUACAAAUCAGAAAAAUACAAAGAAAUAAAAUACCGUAUUGCUGUAAUACUACGAUAUUUUCCAGAGGAGAGAUUUCAAAUGUAUUGUGGUAAAAAAAAAAAGUAUUUUUGCCAUAAUCGGACAAGAAUAAGUAGUUUUUUACUAGAGUACUUUUCUUGAAACUUCUUUUUUGCAAUAUUUAAUUUUUUUUGGAGGGGUGCGGGGUGGUUUUGUUUAUUUCUUUAAUAAUUCUGAACUUUUUAUUAUAUGGUCGUAUAUCACAUCAUUCUCAUGUACGACUUUUUUCAUGUAAAAUUAUGAAUAUUUUUUUAAACAUUUUUCUUUAUUUUGGAAGAUUGAGCCCCCUCUUGCAAGGUGACACCUUUAUUUUUCUACAAUUACAACUUUUUCUAAGAAAACCAAAAAAAUAUGACCCUAAAAUGACCACCCUAAUUUUUCAAGGUUACAUAUUUUUCUCGAAAAUAUGCCACCUUAAUUGUUACAAGACUUUACUGUUAUUAGAUUACAACUUCAAUCUCUGAGUCUAAUUCUUCACUUUAUUAGUGAACAUAAUAUAUAUACGUGGAACAGGUUGACGUAAAAAUAUUGCAGUCAAUGUUUUCAUUUCAUUCGUCAUAGCUCACGAUCAAAUCCCCCCCAAAAACAUCAAACAAGCGUUGUUAACCGGUUGUUUUGUAAACAAAAGAUAUCGUCUUGGUAACAUUCCCAACCAAGAUAAUCGUAUUGAUCAACCAAACUGCGGUGUAUUUUUGACAAAAUUGUAGACAGGGUGUAUUGUAUUUUCUCCAAAACAUAUUUUUCCGCUUUUUUUUCAAGCAUAAUUUUGUAACGGUAACCAGGGUCAAAGUUAUGCAAUAAUAAUAAUAAUAAUGAAAAUAAUAAUAAUGUUGAUGAUGAAUAGUGCCUCAUGUCAAAUUACAGCUUUUUUUUCUUUUGUGAAAAACCGACAACAAACAGGCGAAUGAUAUGCAAGUCAGACCUCAACAGUGAUUUUUUUUUAAUCGUUCACCAACAUUUCACGCUGUUGUUCACCGCAUGUUUUUGUACAUUGUUCACAAUAACUUUCAAACUCCAUCGUUUUCAUUUUAGCGAUUCUGCGAAAAAAACGUGGAAUCCAACUUAAUGUAGAUUGAUGCCUUUUACAAAAUCACUAUCAGUUCUAUAUCUAUUUGAAUUUCUGUGCUUUGAUUUCCUAAACCGGAAGAAUUUGAGUAGUGAAGCCGAUGUUCAAUUUUCUGAUAUUUCGUACGGUAAAUGGUUGUUCCUGUAUUUAUGUAAAGUGAGUGUAGUGUAAAUAUCUUUCAAAACUCUUUCGUUUUUUUUUCCAGAUCUUUUCGCAAUCUUUCCGUAAAUAAAAUGUGAUAUCGCUCAGCAAACUCAGCUUCAAAAGGGAGAUUUCUGCUCACGGAAUAAACGCAACUGUAAUUUUCUUUUUUUUUUUUUUUUUAAUCUUAAAAAAACAUGGUGCCCUUUAUUUGUGUUACACUUUAUUUUGUUUUAAGUAGCUUAUCCAGUCAGUGGUUUGUCUAAUCUGUAUUUUUCUUUCUUUUUCCAUAUGGAUGGAGCUGUGAAAUUAAAAUAAGUUGAAACAUAUAAAUGUAUAUUAAUAUGAAUGGAGGCAUGAAGGUUAAUAAAAUUGCAUUUUAUAUGUAACAUUUGUGUAAUAAGUUUGCAAUUUGAAAUCCAAACACUGGCACACCAUUGAAUCCCCCUCGAAGUUGUUGUUACUAUGUGCUCUGACCUUUUUUUUGUGGCGUUAUAUGCACAAAUGCCAAAAAUGGUGCUAUCUUGCAAUGUUAAAGAAUCAUUUAAAGGGGACCUAUUCUGUUUUUUUCCACUUUUCUAAUCUAUACAUAUAGUUAGAAUGUUGUAUUCGCGUGGUAAACGAUGCCAAAGUUUCAAAUAAUGAGGUUUGCGUAUUUGGAAGUGAACCCUAAAAGAAGUUUGGGAUGGCUCAAAACACUCUGUUUCAGAAGGCGUGGUAAAACUGCCCCUUUGUGAUGUCACAGAGAGGUGGACUUCCUUAUAUGGGCGUGUCUGUAAGCAGGUAAGUUCUCUACCCUCCCCCCAGCUCUGCUACUGUGUUUACUUGCUAGCAAAGCCACAUUUGUUUACAAUUCCUAAAGACACACCAUCAGGCACAAGGGGUUGGAGUUCCUGAUUCCCUAGUAACAAAAGAAAUGCAUUCUAAUCUGUCAAGGGCUGGACUAGCGGACGCCUUUCCGACGUUACUUGGUCAUGUGGAGGAGUCAAGAGAGCAAACAGUAAGUAACGAUUUAUGUGUCCUAACAGUGUUUAUUGUGUGUAAGUCAUAGUAAGUCAACAGUGUUUGUAACCAUUGAGAGGGGUUGCAAAUAACCGAUACCCACCACAUUCGUUACCGAUGCUAAACGCUAAAAUGCUAAAGCUACUUACCAUUGAGAGACGUCUUGAAGUAACCUCUUUUCUUGAGAAACGUCGGACUGUCCAGUCUCCAACACAUAUGAAAAAUCACUUUAAAAUCACUUCUUGGAGGCACACUCUCUGAGACAGACAUGGACACACAUUAGCAUUAGCUCAUUCGCAGUACGGCUACACACAAAACAGUCUGUUUCCAGUACACCUUACUAAAACCA